AUGGGAAGAAAGUGCCUUUCAGUUCGACCUGGUUCCUGGCAAAAAUUUAAGCGCUUUCACUUUUCAUUCAAUGUUUCUGAAAGAGAUAAAGCGAAUCUCAAAAAUGUCAAGCGUUUUACAAGGCACCUUCAGAAUUCCAACAUCAUCAGGCUCGAUAUUUCGGUGACAUCAUACAGUUCUUGGAUUAAUCCCCUUCUAGAUGUUCAAGGAAGUUAUGACACGAUACGUUUGUAUUUAGACGCGUUCCGGCAGGUAGGGAGAGCGAGAGAGGCCCGUGCUUUGUUACGCCCUGACCCGUCAGUAAAAUUGAAGGAAAUUGAAGACUUGACAGAAUCCGCGUCAGUUAAGACUGAGGCCAUAGCUAUAGCAUCGGGAUGGAGAAGAUACUAUGAAGACUGGGUUGAGAACUUGAAACGUGGGCGCCUCAUGGAAACACCAUUCACGAGGGAAUCGUCCCCGCUGCCAAUCCCGAUGGAGCAAGAUGAAGAGACGGAGGAAGAGUUCCAGGUCUACACGAUCCUAGACUCACGAAUCCGAAGAGAUUGCAACAAUGGGACGUUCUAUUUAGAAUACAAAGUUGACUGGAGUUUGGAUUAUCCUUCCUGGGAGCCUUUUGGGAAUGUGGUGCCCGGCUGCGAGGAGCUGGUUGAGGAGUUUCACGCAAGGUAUCCGGACAAGCCGAACCUCGCCACUCUUACACAGCUCGAGGAGCAGAUGCGCCAGAACGUGUUAUAA